AUGGAGAUAUCAAUCCACAAUCCCUCGUUGGCCGACGAGAUCUACGCCCUCAACGCCAUCUACGGGGAGGGUCUGAUCGGCGCGACCUUUUCCGACACGCACCACACGACCGUGUCCAUCAGACUGCCCGGCCUCGACUAUUCGUUUCUGCUCCGCGUUCUCAACGAUUAUCCCCAGUCAUCCCCGCAGGUCCUCGGGGUCGACAGCCUCGUGGAGAGCACGAAGCAAGACGUCCAACAGAACGCCGUCUACCUGGGCGCCUGUGUCCAGGCGGUGCAUUACCCCGAGACCGUCUGUCUGUACGACGCCAUCGAGGAGUUCAAGACCGUGCACAGAGCCCUGCAAGCCCACUUCGGACAAUCUGGAGAUACGGAAGAGGACGCCCAGCACAAGUCGGCGAGGAGGGCCGCGAUCCUGAAAAACUUGGCUGUGCGAGCCAAGUUGAAGGCGGAGACGAGGGGGCGCCAGGAAAGUGGCACGACGGAUGCGCCGCUCGAUGUCGUCGACUGUGUGGUUUGUAUGGACCCGUUUUUCAGGGUCGACGUCGUGACCUUGAAGUGUCGCCAUUCAUUCUGUCUCGAGUGCCUCCGGGAUGGUCUGCAGAACAUGUUUAAGACGCGACACGAGCUGACGUGCUGUGGCCAGAGCGUGCCACUCAAAGCGAUACGCGAACACGGGGGGCUGGACCCUGCAUUGCUCGAAGUGUUGACCCUCUGGCUCCAAGAACUGCAUACGGCGAACCCGGUCUACUGUCCGUGGGAGGACUGCCUGGCGUACAUUCCCAGCUUCUUGGUCAUGCAAGACUACGCCAGAUGCCACCUCUGCAAGAGGAGGAUGUGCAUGGGCUGCCGGGGCAAAGAACACGGUGGGCUCUGCAAGCGCGACCACAAGCUGCGGGCGCUCGUCGUCAAGGAGAAAUGGAAAUUCUGCCCGUGGUGCGGACAUCUCGUGGAGAGGAGGGAGGGAUGCAACCAUAUGACUUGCGUCUGCUCCGCCCAGUUCUGCUACCGCUGUGGGAAGAUUUGGGGGCGAGGCACGGCAGCCUGCGAUUGUGGUCUUUUUGGACCACUCGACUAA